AGCAUCACAUUCCCCACGUCCUCACCAGUAUCACAAUUAGAACCUUCAAACCCCCUGGCUACUAAGCCUUCUGGAGAAGAAAUGGACACAGAAAAGGCUCGGGAAUACCUCAGCAGUAUUCUAAACAAGAACCUUCGCGUGUACACCUCUGACGGUCGGUUGUUCUGGGGCGCUCUAAAAUGCACCGACCCUGACAAGAAUAUUGUGCUGGCUCACACUUAUGAAUAUCGGCAACCAUCUUCAAGGGAGCGUGAAAAGGCAGCAGAGAAAGCAGAUGGUGAAACUGUCAAGGUCGACAUGACAUCUCGUUACUUGGGGUUGAUUGUCAUACCUGGGGAGCACAUUGUAAAGAUGGAAGUUGAGGAGUUUGCAAGUCAAAUGAGGAACCAAAUCAUCAUAUGAUGCAAUGAAUACAGACAUAAUAUUAAUGAAUU